UCUAAUUGCUAUGCAUGCUGGUGGCUUCUUGAACUCAGCUAUUGAUUUAAAAAAAGCUGGUUCGAAAACUACCUUCAUCACCAACCUUUAUAGUUUUAUAUAUAUCCAACCCUAGAAAAACUUUCAUUCUUUUGAAGCAAAGCUCAAAACCUUGUACACAUAAAAGAUUCUACAGUCACAGUAUUUAUUUGCAUGCUGUGUUUACUUUUUUGUCUUAUCGCAACCCGUUUCUGAUUAAGCUGCUGUAUGUAGGGAAAAAAGAAGAAGAAGAAGCUAAUUUAUUGAGUAGAAUAAAGAUGAUGGAAAAUGGCAAAGUGCAGUUUGGAUUUGAAGAGUUAAAAGUCGGGGAAGCAAAGGGUAAGAUUCAGAAAAUGGAGAGUGUGAAGAAUAUGGGAGUAGGAGGGGUAAAAGUGGAAAAAUGGAAGAGUUUGGUAAUUGGAUGGAUUAAAACAGAGAAGCUUAAAAGCACGAUAAUUGCUCAGUCAAGUUUAACCAGGUUGCAGCUUUGGACACUUGGAGCUGCCACUCUGUUGCUGCUUUGUGUUUGUUUGGUGCAACUGAGUGCUCUUAGCCAGGAAAUAAAGCCAAGGCUUUUGAUGUUUCAAUUUUCUCAUCAACAUAUUAAUGAUAAUCCCUCUCUUGAAACAAGAGAAUAUGUGAACAACGGAUAUCUAAUGGUUUCAGCCAAUGGAGGAUUGAAUCAAAUGCGAGCUGGUAUUUGUGACAUGGUAGUCAUUGCAAGAUAUUUGAAUCUCACACUUAUCGUUCCUGAAUUGGAUAAUACUUCCUUUUGGAAUGAUCGCAGUCAGUUCGAGGAUAUAUUCGAUGUGGAUUACUUCAUCUCUUCAUUGAAAGACCAAGUCCGGAUAUUGAAAUAUCUUCCUCCUACACAGCAUCGAUCGUUUCUAUAUUCCAUGCCACCACGUAGCUGGUCUAACAUGUCCUUCUAUUACGACAUUGUUCUCCCACGCAUAAAAAAGAAUCAAGUCCUCCAUUUCACUAAAACCGAUACAAGGCUUGCCAACAAUGGACUCCCUAUAGAGGUUCAGCGACUGCGCUGCAGAGUAAAUUAUCAAGCUCUCAGAUUCACUUCCCCUAUUGAAGAACUUGGCAAGAAGAUUGUUCGGCUUUUGAGACAAAAGGGUCCUUUCCUAGUUCUUCAUCUAAGAUACGAAAUGGACAUGUUAGCAUUUUCCGGUUGCACCGAAGGUUGCAACAGCAGAGAAGUUGAGCAAUUAACUAGUAUGAGAUAUGCAUAUCCAUGGUGGAAAGAGAAGGAAAUAGAUUCGGUAAAGAAAAGAAAGGCUGGGGGUUGCCCUUUAACCCCAGAGGAAACUGCACUUGCAUUGAGGGCAUUGGAUAUAGAUCCAAGUAUCCAAAUUUAUAUAGCAGCUGGUGAUAUAUAUGGUGGAGAAAGAAGAAUGGCAUCUCUGAGAUUAGCUUUUCCACAUAUUGUUACAAAGGAAACGUUACUAAAAUUUUCGGAUCUUCAGCCCUUCAAGAACCAUUCAAACCAAAUGGCUGCACUGGAUUAUAUAGUGGCAUUAGAAAGUGAUAAUUUUGUUCCUUCUUAUGGAGGAAACAUGGCAAAUGUAGUCGAAGGCCACAGACGAUACUUGGGGUUCAAGACCACAAUUCGUCUGGACAGAAAGCUUUUAGUGUACCUAAUAGACCAAUAUAAGAAUGGAACACUGAGCUGGGAUGAAUUUUCCCAAGCAGUGAAAACGGGUCAUGCGGAUCGAAUGGGUAACCCGACCCAGAGAUUGGAGAUUCCUGGAAAACCUAAAGAAGAAGAGUAUUUCUAUCGCAAUCCUCAGGAAUGUUUGCCACCAAUCACUCGAAGAAUAAUUUCAAAAUCAUCGUAAUAUGGAUAUAGGAUCAUGGAUUACGGAUCAUGGAUAUGGGCUAACAGCUUGUUGUUAAGAUUUUGUCAUCUGGGUUAUCUAUAAAGAAACGAUGUUGCAUCAUUCAUUCAUGUUGCUUUAAUUUUAAUUUUCGUAAAACGAUCAUUCAUUUUCGUAA